GGGCGUCCAGUGCUGCCAGCAAGCGCUACGAGUCGCACACGCCCGUGCUUCUGUCGGCGUUGCAUUCGCCCGACAGCGCCCACCAGCGCAUGAUGCUCGUAGACCUGUCCGCACUGCACCACCACCAGGAAGCCCGUGCUGGGCUUCCAGCCGGACGACUAUUACAGUAGCUCUUCGUCGAUGGCGUCAGCCGACUACGGCGACACCUGGGAGGACAACAGCCUCGGCGCCGACGACAGGCUAUACAGGCGGCACCAGCCCUACGAGGAGAUGCACAAUGACAUCGGCGACAGCGACCAGCUGCUGAUGCCGUUCCUGCCAGAGAACACUGUGGGCCUGCACUACACAGGCUUCCCCUUCAUCGAGGAUGCCCUCCACUUGCAGCGCCAGAGCAGCCGCGAGGACGCCUUCAGUGACUACCUGCGCGCGCUGGUUGCCAGCCGAGAGCGGAAGCGCAGCGUCUUCCUCUCCCAGAGCUGGCAGCCUGGAGGUCACCCAGCGUCUCCCGUGCUCCGAAGGCAGCAUCAAACGCCGCGGCAGCAGCCUCGGCGAGUGUCUCAAGAGCCUGCGCCAUCAUCUCCCGAAGUUGCAAGCGGCAGUGGCCCGACCGACCGCAAGAGCAACGAACGGGUGCGGCCCGUCAAUUACCGCCACCACCCACCGGUGCCAUUCAUCUUCUCGUCCAAAGGCUGGCAUCCCGGAGGCCGCAAGCGUAAUUUCUUCUUCUCCAGAGGCUGGGGUCCCGGCGGACGGCCGUUGACGCUGCGCGCCGAAUACUUCAAGAAGAAGCCACCCGCCUCGCACGCUGGCUGGCGAAGAUGUUAGCGACAACGAGGCAUCAUCGACAGGGCUAGCCCAGGGGAGAGCUGCCAUGGGCGGCGGUCACGGCAAUUCGGACUCCUCAGCCACUGUGAAGGUGACCAGCACACGACACGGGCAUCGGCCGUGCCGUGCUAACUGCUGGCGCAUACCGCACCUGUUCGGACCCUACUGGUAGAAAAGGAAGGAGUAUAAUUUUGCCACGCGGGCAUGCAAUCCAGCCUGUUCGAGAAGAUUAUGAUGUCAAUAAAGAUGCGAAUGGCUCGCGGAAAGCGGGGUCGAGAUAAAACGACCCCCGAGAUUCAGGUUUCCAAAUCGAUCAUUUUACGUGAGCUGGCUGUGAAAUAUUAAAGCCCUGAUUAUCGCCAUUGACAAUGAAACAGGCAGAGCAGCGGUGCAGAACGAUGAACUGAGUGGUCUGGAACAUUAAUUGCGUACAUCACUAACACACACAAAUGGAAAUAAAUUGAUAAGAAUCAAGAAAUGAGCCUUCAGCAUCCUUAGAAAAUGGGUUUCCCUGGUUGAAAUUUAGGUAGAGUAGAUGGAUAAUCAAGAAACAAUGAGCACAGCCUUAUUUAAAACACUCAAGAACAUCCAUCCAGUAUAUAUCUUCAUAUUGAAACUGAUCAGCCAUGUUCACCUUAUUUAGUCUUGACAAAAGUGUUACAAGUUACGCAGUGGAAUUUGAUGCAGACAUGUAGACUAUUUUUUUUAAUGGUAGUGUGCAACCACCAUUUGGGGAGCUGGAAACAACCCUAUUAUUUCCAGCAUUAUACCUUAAAUUAGCCAUAAUUUGUAACAUCAAGCAUCUGAAGGCUUUGCCAGAUUGUAUCGUACAUAUGAACUUUCAAAGCUUUACAGUCUAGAGAGACAACCACUAAACAACAAUAAUAGUUAUCUUCACUUUCAGAAUGAUUACUUAUAAAGUCUGUACAUAAAACAUAUCAUGAGCAAAAGCCCAGUGAUGGUUUACCCAGAAGAGUGCACAUCCAAUAAAUAUAUGCAUUCGUUCAGUUGACACUAUACUGCAGAGUCCAGGUAGAAUUCAAUAUCCUGUUGACAUGAACAUACUGACACCUCAUGAGUAAGGCCAGCAGCACCCAGUGGAAUGAGGACGAACAAACCUCAGGAUGUUCAAAACAGUACUUAAGAAUGACUCCUGCCCCUAUAGCGUCUCGUGAUAUAGUAUUAAUGAAUGCACAGAGCUCACAGAUGCUCAUCAUUAUGAGGCUACUGAAGUUAGCCAGUCAAAAAUAACAGCAAGAAUGCUUGUUCAAGCACAAGUGUUUAAAAGCCUUAGAUAUCUAUACAUGUUUUCCUCAUUCUUUUUGUCCAUCUCCCUACUGCCUUGGACCCUCAAUCAGAAUAUCCCUGUGUUGAUAAGCACAGACUGUGCACUCCACGUUGUACGUGUUACAUAAACCUGUAAUAAAGUAUGAUUCACUGUU